AUGGUAGCCGUGGGCCACCGUCAUUGGCGUGCCCGCCACCGUCCCUGGUGGAUCCGGCAUACUCUCUUCGCUGCUGCUGCUGCUCCCAGAAAUUGGAUGAAUCUCCGGGAUGCAGAAACUGGGAAAAUUCUCUGGCAAGGAACGGAAGAUCUCUCGGUCCCCGGAGUAGAGCACGAAGGUAACAUGGGGCUGUUUGGAAUUUCUGGGGCAAGCGGGAACGUGAUCAUAGAAACCAAGUUUUUCGAUGACGACCUCCUUGUCAGCACUUCCAAAGUAAGACUGUUCUACGUUUGAGAGCCGGCCGGGGCAGGGCUGAGGCCUGGCUUAGUUCCUCACCCCUCACCUGAUUCCCGGGGGCCGAAUCCCC